UAAUAUACGUUCUAGCAAAGGAGGUAAUAGCGGACAGAACAAGAACCAUGAUUAUUGUUAUUUUUGGUAGACAUUACGAAAAUCAAUGUUACCACAAUUUAAAUGAAUUUAAUUCUCUAAAAUUUAUUACCAAGUACUUAUUUUUUCAGCGUGAAUAAAUCAAUUUCUUUGAUAUAAACUUUUUUUGUGGUUCAUUUAGAGAAUAUCUCAAUAAUACUCAUGUUCCCUUGGAAUGUAAUGUUAAUUUCCUAUCUUAAAAUCGUUCAUACUAAUAAAACCAUAUUUGAAGAAAUUUUUUAAAUAUUUUUAGCAUCAUAUAGCCAAUUUUCCAUCAAAUUUUAACAAAUUUACAUAUUAUAAUUUUUGUAAAAAGAACGAGAAACUACUACAUGAUUACUAUAGCAGUGAGAAGUUAUCUAGUUUGUUGUGUGAGUGUGUGCGAUUUUGCCUGUGAUGCUGUCGAUGUGAAUUGUUCACGUUGUCGAAUUUAUUCUCCUGUCUUUGAAAUUAAUCCACCUGUUAUCAAUUUAUUGCAAAAUGUCGCUUAAUUUAGUAGUAAAAGUUCAUCCAGUGGUGCUUUUUCAAAUUGUAGAUGCCUACGAAAGGAGAAAUGCUGAGGCAGACAGAGUUGUUGGUACACUGUUGGGGAGUGCAGAUAAAGGAAUCGUUGAAGUGACCAACUGCUUUUGUGUUCCACAUAAAGAAUUUGAAGAAAUGGUGGAAGCCGAACUGAACUAUGCCAAGGACCUGUACGAGAUGAACCAGAAGGUGAACAAGCAGGAGUUAAUAGUUGGGUGGUGGGCGACCGGCAACGAGGUGACGUCAUACUCGUGCGUCAUUCACGACUACUACUCGCGCGAGUGCGUCAACCCAGUCCACAUGACGGUCGACACGACACUGCAGGGCGCGCAUAUGGGCAUCAAGGCCUAUCUCAAUGUGCCCCUCGGGGUCCCUGGUGGCACCUCGGGCAGUAUGUUCACGCCCAUCCAGGUCGAGAUUGUCAGCUAUGAGCCGGAGAUUGUCGGAAUCCGACUGUGCCAGAAAACAGUGGACACACAGAAGAAGACCGUGGAGCCGAUGAACGACCUGGCUCAGAUCGCAGAGGCGGCGAAGAAGCUGAGUGGCCUCCUAGACUCGGUGCUGGCCUAUGUGGACGAUGUUCUGGCAGGCCAUGCACAACCUGACAACACUGUCGGGAGAGCCCUGCUCGAUAUGGUGCACAGUGUGCCCAACAUGACACAUCAACAGUUCCAGGACAUGUUCAACUCUAACAUCAAGGAUCUACUGAUGGUUAUGACCCUAUGUCAACUCACCAAAACGCAGCUGCAACUCAAUGAGAAAUUAACGUUGUUGACAUCUUUGUGAAUUCCCAUCAGUCAGAGAGCUCUUUUGUUAAAAACCAUUCAUAAUUUAAUAAACUAAAAUGAACAGUA